AUGCCAUUCGCGAGAUUUGUUGAACCCGGGCGCGUUGCCCUAGUUGCCGAAGGCCCUCUGAAGGGAAAAUUGGUGAGUGUUGUCGAUGUGAUUGAUCAGACUCGCGCGCUUGUUGAUGGACCCGGCAGUGGCGUUGCCAGACAACAAAUCCGUCUGAAUCAACUGCACCUUACCAAAUUUCGUCUGAAGUACCCAUUCACAGCGCCCACACGUGUCGUGAGGAAGGCAUGGACAGACGCCCAACUUAAUGAGAAAUGGGCUGAGAGUCAGUGGGCACAGAAACUUGCUAACAAAGAGAAGCGCGCCCAGAUGACAGACUACGACAGGUUCAAGCUAACAGCUGCACGUGUAAAGAGAAACCGUGCUAGAACUGCGGUGUUCAAGAGCAUGAAAGUGAAGGCGGCACGUGCCGGUACAUUUGGUAAGAAGAAGGUCCCUAAAACUGCCGCCAAGAAGCCACGCACGAAGAAAGCGGUCUCUAAAAAGCCAGCUAAGAACUAUGGUUGUGUACCAAUGAGCUUGGAUUCUACAGGCUUGUUGGAAAAACUUGCCGCAACCACACCCGUGCUCAUGAAUAGUGAUUUCAUGUUUUUCCAUGCUUCUUGUUGUACUAGGACACACUAUAACUUUAUGCAGGAUUAUUUAAAAGAAAUUCCGCUUCUUAUAUUAGGUAUAACGAAAGGAGCUAAACCUACCCUGACUGAUUAAAGAGAUCUUAUUAUGAGAAUUUGCUGCCAUUUUGGAUGACGAGCUUUUUGGUUGAAAAUCUUCAAAAACCAAAUUGGUAAGAAAUCAUUUUCAUUUAAGACUAAAUUAAUUAUUAAAAUUAAUGCUUAUAAAUAUCCAUACAUCUAAGCCAGUGAAUCGAUUAAGAUGAGUAAUAUAUAGAUGCGUAUCAAACUCACUUUCGCAUAUCCAACCCAAUAUAUGGGAUUAUUAAUGUUUACCUAGUUUAGUAUGAUGAAAAAAAUAGUUAUCCCUGUCUCACAUAACCGUGGGGAAAAUAUGGUAUGAUUUUAUUGAUAGCGACAUAUAACGAUCAAAAAUUAAAUGCACAUAUUUUGACGUGGGUCAUCAGUCGGUACAGGGAGGAGAACCAAAAGUUUGUGGAAUGGAGGGGAUGAAGUGGGAAUAGGCACGCUCGCUUAAGGGCCCCAUAUACUGAACGAUUCGUCGUUGCGAUCGAUCUGAAGGAAAUCGACAACGAUCGAUCGUUCAGAAAUGCCACUACAUACACGAAACGAUUGAUCGUAAACGAUUCGUCGUUGCGAUAGAUCUAAAGGAAAUCGUUAAGAUCAAUACAGACAAUUGGUACAGAUCAAUCGUACCGUAUAUGGGACACUGACGAUCGAUCGUUUACGAUAUUCAUGAUUGCAUGGGUUUUUGUUGCGAUCUCCGAUAUCGUCUGCGAUUAAGUAAAUCGUUAACGAUCUUGAUAUACACUGUCGAUCCAUCGUUUCGAUCGGUCUGAAACGACGGAUCGUACAGAUCAAUCGUUCCGUACAUGAGCCCCUUUAUGGUGGGCAUACACGAUCCUUCCUAUCGUCCAAUCGGCAUGACACUGCAGGCUUGAUCCAAU